AUGGAGGGCUCCGAUCUCCCGGUGGAUAUGUUAGUAGAGAUAUUGUCUAGGGCUCCGAAACCAUCUAUAGGAGCAGUAAGAUCUACUUGUAAACAAUGGAAUGAUUUAUCCAAAGAUCGAAUUUUAUGUAAAGGAGAAGCUAAAAAACAGUUUUCUGCGUUCAUGAUAAAGGAAUUUAAGGUUUGUUCAAUGAAAUUUGAUCUCUAUAGAAUCCUACACGAAGACGUCAUAUUAGUCAAGGCAUCUAUUAAGCAAAUAGAAGAAUUUAAUGAAGUUAAGAUGCAUCAUGCCUUUCACUGCGAUGGCUUAAUGUUAUUGGUAAUGGGGAAUAUGCGGAUCAACUUUAGGCUCGUGGUUUGGAACCCGUAUUUAGGAAAAAUCUGGUCGAUUAAACCUAGGAAUAGUUACCAUAUCCAUAAUAGCUCACAUUAUUGGAAAGACUGGAUACUUGAGAAAAGUGGAUCUUGGAGAAGUUGCUCAAUCGUCUUUUCACCUACCAGUGUGCUCUUAUGCUCCAAGUUUAGUGCAAAUCAAUCAAGGCCAAGAACUAUCGCUUAUCUGGCUAAAGAAAAGAUUGAAAUUAUCAACCAGUCUUUUUUACAGUACCUUAUUUGUUUGUUUCAUCAUCUUCUU